AUGUCGCCGCCGGCGGUGGUAACGGAGGAGGACGGUCUGAGCAAGGUGUCUUCGACCGUAGCGUCUGGUUCUUCGCAGUCCUUGGAUUGUUUCUCUCAGAAUGGGGCUGGAUUGAAAGAAAGGAAUUACUUAGGGUUGUCUGAUUGCUCAUCAGUGGAUAGCUGUGCUUCGACUGUGCCAGUCUUGUGUGUUGAGAAAAAGGAGAACAUGAAUUUGAAGGCUACGGAGUUGAGGCUAGGUCUUCCCGGGUCACAGUCACCUGAAAGGGAUCCGGAUCUGUUCUCUUUAAGCUUAGCAAAGCUUGAUGAGAAGCCUCUGUUCCCUUUGGUUCCUACUAAAGAUGGGAUUUGCUUGUCGUCCCAGAAAACCGUUGUUUCCGGCAACAAGAGAGGUUUUGCUGAUACCAUGGAUGGUUUUUCUCAGGGAAAGUUUACUGGUAAUACAGGAAUGAACGCAAUGCUAUCACCUAGGCCUUCUGGAGCUCAGCCUUCUGCAAUGAAAGAAAUGCCAAGCAAGUUGCAAGAACGCCCUUGUUCGGACAAUAAUGGAACUGGUCAUAACCAUACAGGUGCUUCGAUAAGUGGCAGUGCACCGGCUUCUAAGGCACAGGUUGUUGGUUGGCCUCCUAUAAGAUCAUUUAGGAAAAACUCCAUGGCCACCACCUCCAACAAGAACAAUGAUGAAGUAGAUGGAAAACCAGGUGUUGGCGCACUCUUUGUGAAGGUCAGCAUGGAUGGUGCUCCCUAUCUUAGGAAGGUAGAUCUAAGAAGUUAUACAACAUAUCAAGAACUAUCUUCUGCACUUGAGAAGAUGUUCAGCUGUUUUACCUUAGGUCAGUGUGGUUCUCAUGGAGCUCCAGGAAGAGAAAUGUUGAGUGAGAGUAAGCUGAGGGAUCUUCUGCAUGGUUCAGAGUAUGUUCUCACUUAUGAAGAUAAAGAUGGAGACUGGAUGCUUGUAGGGGAUGUACCGUGGGAAAUGUUCACUGACACUUGCAAAAGGCUGAAAAUUAUGAAGGGUUCUGAUGCCAUUGGCUUAGCUCCCAGGGCCAUGGAAAAGUCCAAAAGCAGGAGUUAG